AUGUCUUGUUGCGGAAGUGAAAAGUCGACGUGUGGAAGGAAGGUUGGUCUGACUGGGUUUGAACACCUUUCUCUCUAACUGCGGUCGUGUCCAAUCCAGGGUAGCUUUGCACCCAGUCGAACCAGUCUUUUCCCUCCCCUGUUGGGCAAAUGGGCGCUUGUAGCGGCAUCCGGUGCAUAUAAAUGAGUCGGAAAGGCGACUUCGGGCUGUAAUGCUGCGCCGGGUGCGGCAGUGUCUCCGGCAGGUGCUGUUUCAGAUGGCCCGGAGACCGGAUCUACUCUGUGGUGCCAUCGUGCUCAGCGUCUUGGUCGUCCUGGCUGUUAAACUGACCUGCAGCCGGGCAAAGAAUGUGGUGGCAGCAGCUCGUCCACCUGUGCGCUUCUUCUCUCCUGAUGCUCCAGUUGUGGACCUCUACUUGGGUCAGUUAGACCAGGUAGAGCGUCUCAGGAGCAUGGCCGAGGUGUCUCUGAUUUUCUUCUACGCUCCGUGGUGCGCUCACUCCAUGGCUGCUCGGCAGGAGGUGCAGCAGGUGGCGAAGAAGCUGGCUAAACAGGUGCAGUUUGUGGCUGUUAACUGCUGGUGGAGUCAGGGGAAAUGCAGGAGGCAAAACCGCUUCUAUCAGUACCCCGUCAUCCAUCUGUUCUAUAGAAGAUUCGGGCCGAUAGAAUACAGCGGCCCGAUCGUGGCUCCAUAUGUAGAAAGUUUUCUGCUCCGAGUCAUCACACCUCUCACCUACCUUCCAUCCAGAGCUCAUCUUGAAGACUUCCUCUCCAAUCAUGAGCCUCGUGUUGUGGGCUUCUUCCAGUUUAACUCCUCUCCUCAGCCUCCAGGUUACCUCACAUAUCUGUCCUCUGCCUUGCAGGCCUUGAAAAGAGAUUUCCGGGGCGACGUGCGUUUUGGAGUAAUUACCAGCAAACACGUGGCUGAAGCCAUCUCACUCACAGAGGAUAAAACCGUUUACCUUCACAGACGACUUAACUCCUCUUUGAUUUUCCCCCAAAAUGAGCGUAACUUCACUUCAGAGGCCAUUUGCCGCUGGGUGUUUGAAAACCAUCAGAGCGUCCUGCAGUGGCUGCAGCCUCCAGGAACAAAGUCCCACCUGCUGGAGCAGGAGCUCCUUAAAGGCCCCGCGCUGCUGCUGUUCCUGCCCCACAACCCGCUGGGCUCGGAGCCCAGUCCCCUCCUGCAACAGGUUGCAGACAUCGCUGUGCGCUAUCAUUCCUGUGACCUCUCCAUCUGGGACGGGAGUUUCUCCUGGCGCUCCCGCUGCUGCCAGUCAGUAGUUCUCCCACACACGAGUACGAGCACGUGUGAAGUCUGCCUCACUUUAAGGCCUCUGACGCCCCCCGCGUCCUCUGCCCGCUGCUUCUUCCCCGCCCAGACGGCAGAGGUGUUUCAGGCUCUUCUCAGACAGUGCUGUCUUACCCAACUGCCAUCUUUGGCUUCCUCAAGAACUGAAACUUCAGCAACUUGUAGCAGCUUUCUCAACCGUUACAGUCCAUUUAGUCAUUUCAGUGCCUGCUGCAGAAGGAUAGAACCUCAUUUUAAUCAAUCGCAAACCAAAGAGGAAACAGACUUUCAGGAAGUCCAGCACACCGGCCCACUGUCUGUCCCGCCACAGGACAAAGAUGGCAUCACAGGGCUCAAGUGCCACACAAACAGGACUCUCAGGUUUUAUCUGUUGGAUGAAGCUCUGAACUGGCCGCUGGCCAUGAGGCUUGGAGCAUCAGACAGCACAAAUGUUUCUCUGCAUCAGGACACAUCCACACGUGCUGACAGGAGCUGUGACGCGUCCUUCGCAGCUAUUGUCAACCUGAAGGAUGAGACUCAUCACAUUCUUCACCGCAGUCCUGCAGCCACCCUGACAGAGUCUCUCGAGGCCUUCAUCAGGAACUUCAGUGCUCCGUACAGCUUAUUACAGAGACAUCUGGUUGGAGAGGAGGACAGGAAUGGGAGUAAAGAAGAAGUCCAGUCUUCAGAUAAACAGAGGGCAGUUUCCCCACCUCUCCUCAUCACAGAGUUGACCACUUCUUCCUUCCUGUCGUCUGUCAUGGAACUUCAAAAGGAUGUGCUGCUGUUCUACUACACUCAAUGGUGCGGCUUCUGCUCCGUUCUGAACCACAUCCUCAUCCAGCUGGCCAGGUUGCUGCAGGGAAACGAUACCAUCACAGUGGCCAGGGUGAAUGUUGCACGGAACGACCUUCCCUGGGAGUUCAUGGUGGACCACGUUCCCUCAAUCCUUCUGUUCCCCAGAUUCAGAAAACAUCUCAGUGUGAAGUACCCUGAUGACCUUCCCAUCACGCUACCCAACCUCCUGCACUUCAUCCUGCAGCACUGCAGCUCUGCUGAUCCCGCAGACACACAGUCUGUGGACACGCAGCCGUCUGGACCCGCUGCCGUCCUCCGCAAAGAGUUCCAGGCUCUCCGGCAGGAGGUUCAAGCGCUGCAUCACGCCCGCGAACGUCUGUCCAAACAGCUGGCGCAGUUGUGGCUGGACAACCGCAGACUGAAGUUUGAACUGCGCAGUUUGGAGGAAAAGUUAGAGGAGCAGCAUCGGGAGAAAAGCCGGCAGCUGGAGGAGGCGCUGAGGCGGCUGCAGGAGCUGGCGGACACUUCUGAAAGCUUGCUGAAUGAAAACACGCUGCUCAGAGUCCUGCUUAGAGCACUGAAGGACAGAACAGAGGCAAAGGAGCACCCUGAGGGGGGAGAAAAGGAGUCCGUACAGAAAAAAAGCCAUUUGGCCUCCUGAUGAAGAGAAAACUCGAUCAUGAGGAGAAAAAAAAGAAGCUGUGAUGAUGCCUGAGAAAGGAGGGUGACAGAAAUAUCACUAAAAUCUAAAGGGGAAAAUUUCUUCCUAGGAGCAAACCGAGAAUAUGAAGGUUAACAGUUGCAAGUCGACCCCAACUCUUAUAAAGGUCGGAAAAUGAUGAUGGUGGUCGGAAACUAAAAAGAGCUUUGAACUUUUCCAUUCAAAGAAACACACUAUUUUGGGAAAUCACUUCAAACACUGCAGUUUUAAUCCUGAUCCUGCCCUAUUGCUGGUAAAGAAGAACACCUUAAUUUUGUGGCUACCAUGACUUUAAUCUUCAAAGUUUGAGACAGAUCAGGAAAAAGAAACGCCUUUGGGCUCUAUUAGUACAUCAGUUUUGUACUUUUACUCACUAGAUCUGCGUUUUUGCUGUAUUAACAGUGAGGUGAAGAAAGUAAUACUUUUGUUCGUGGAAAGUUUAUGUUUAGUUAGUUGGGACGCUUCGAUGCAAGAGCACUUCAGAAAGUAAAGAGACGGAUAUUAAACUGGUUCAAAACUUUCUGUUACUAAGUUAAAUGAAGGGCUUGGAUCUUUUCUUUGUUUAAUCUUUUUCUGAAUCCAGUUUGCACAAAAAGCAAAUCAUUAUUUGGGUGACUUAUGGUGACAUUUUUUGGUUUCCUUUCUAAUUUCUAGGGAAUUUGCUUGAAAUUAAAAAUAAGUAUGCAUUUUUCUAGUGGAGCAUUACAGGUUUUUUGUUUGUUUAUUUUGUACUUCUUUUUUUGCAUCCCUGGUUAUUGUUUUGUGUUUUAUUUGAAUGGUAAAACCAGAAAAUCAAAUGCCUCCAUGCUCCAUAAUGGGCUUAUUUAUUUCUACUAUAGAACAGUGCCAAUCUGCAUGAAUAAAGCUCAUUGUAAUUAACUUAAAGCUGCAAGAAAUUUGCUAAAUAUUACAAAUUUAGAAAAUAAUAUUACAUUUUUUAAUGUCAGGAAUGCUUUUUAACUAUUUGUGCUGCUCAACGUGAGCAGCACAAACACUUGAGAACAACAAAAAUAAAGUUUUGUGAGGGGUUUGUUCAGGGCUUUUUACACUGAUCUAUUUUUACAAAAUUCACUGAGUCAUUUAAAUAUUUUUAUGUAACUGUUGAGGUAUUAAACAUGAGAUGCUGCAGUUUGUUUAUGUUUAAAAUAUUUUUACUGAUUAAAGCCUUUCAUCUUC